AGCCUAACGACCGCUCAACUACGCUCACCUCGACAUAGGUCACACUACAAGCUAGUAAACGAUGGACGCCUCUGAAUCAAGAGAAGUAGUGACGGCCUGGAAGGUCUUUAGGACGGUACACGAGAUGCUCGAAGAUCGGGGCUACAAUGUAGGAGAGGAGAGCAAGACGAUCUCGUACCCCGAUUUCCGGGAGACGUACGCUGCCAGUGGGAUGCCCGACCGAAAUGCCAUGUCGAACUGGUAUACGACGAAAUUGACACCCACGCAGACGAUCUACGUCAACUUUACCGACGUCGAGAACGUGGCCAAGAAGGAUAUCCGAUCGUUCGUGAAUGUCAUGGAGGAGAAGCAGUGUGAACGGGGGAUCAUGUUGUACCGAAAGAAGCUCACUCCUUCUGCCAAAAAGACCAUCCAAGAACUCCAGGGAGACUACAAGAUCGAGGAAUACGCCGAAGCUGAUCUGGUAGUGAAUAUCACCAAACACUUCUUGGUGCCGAAACACACUAUCAUGAGCGACAAGGAUAAGAAGGAUCUCUUGAAUCGAUACCGUCUGAAAGAUACCCAACUCCCUCGAAUUCAACUCUCGGACCCCGUCGCGCGGUAUUACGGGCUUCUUCGUGGGCAGGUGAUGAAGAUCGAUAGGGAGAGUGAGACGGCGGGAAGGUAUAUCACUUACCGAGUCGGAUUCUAAGCGGUAGAUGUAUAUCCAGGGUGUAGAUCGAUGGGGGGACCUAUCAAGCAGGUUCGAGCCAGGCCUUGAUGGGUCGAUGUAGCGGUCGAGCUUUUUGCCCAACGACUUUCCUGGGAUUGGUGGGGGGUGGACGUGUUUAGUCAUCUUUCGGAGUUUGUGUUUCUUUCUUUCUUUUGUAACGACAAUAUCAUCAUCAUAACGCGCAUG